AUGUUCACCCUAUCUUGGGCCACGGCUGAGAAAUCAAGUCUUAGCCAUCUCUUAAUUCACCCAACUUUGGCCCAACACUGGGAAUCUCAGCUCCGGCCAUUCUACGGCGACCCAGCUGAAUCAGUUGAUUCCUAUUUUGUGGCUUGGCAAGCUUUAAACAGAAGCAGAUGUCUACUAUGGCUAUAUUUGUUACAAUUUGGGCUUACGGUGCUGUCACUUGAACCUGGGUAUUUGGAUUUUGACAAUCUGCCGGAAACGAAUUUCACUUGCGUCGGAAAAGUCAUCGGCGGAUACUACGCAGAUUUGGAGACGAACUGUCAGAUGUUUCACGUUUGUACGAUAGGCCAACUAGACGAACCCAUGGACAUACGUUUUCUCUGUUUAAACGGCACGGUUUUUGACCAGGAAACGAGAGUAUGCGAAAGGAUAGACGAAGUAGAUUGUUCCAAAUCGGAACAAUUUUAUAGUUUAAAUUUAGAAUUAUAUGGAAACUCAGGUCCUAUUUUAGAAGAAUCGGCAGACCCAUCCCAGGAAACCGAAUCACCAUCAUUAAUCAUCAAAUCAACCACACCAUCCACUACGACAUCUACAACCAGCAAAAGACCAACCAAGUUUAUGAACACGCCGUUCUUCAGUACAACCAGAGCUCCCGUGAUCACAUCAACUACUCGCACAACGAGUAAACCCAACGUCAUCUCGACUCAUCACUUCCCCGUGAACCCUGACAUCAGGUUCAAUCCCGAAGAAAUAAACAUUAGUUUGAAUCCACACGCCCCUCCCGACAUAAGGACAAAGCACUUUUUGAGUCAAAGUUUCAGUGACGGUAGUAAAAUAUCGGUGAAUAGUGAUAGUGAUGAAGACAUAAAGCAGCAAGUUAGCUCGUCGACCACUCCAAAGACCAUUUAUACGCUGGAUAUUGACAGCGAUAGAGACAGUGAAGUUGAUUUCGGGUUUCACCGACACGAAGUACAUAACGAUCCGAAUAGAAAGCACCAACAACAAUUUCUUAUUCAGACAAACAGUUUCAGACAUAGUCAGAGUUUUCCCCCUAGCGACGACUUUAGAAACACCCAAUCGUUUCAGUCGUCCACCCCAAAAGUAUUCAUUCACACACCUAAAGCACCUACUGUACAUCAGCAUCAUCACUAUACAUUACAUUCGCGUACAGAAAAACCUCCUCAAAGAGUUCAGAUUCCCAUACCUUUACUCCCCACUCUACCUCCUCUUAUCUUUAGUUCUCCCGCUCCAUUUACGCUUCAGAGGCACGUAGGAAGCAAGAGGUUUACUAAAGAGCAUCAGAAUCCACCGAGGAUAAUUAUUAGUGCCAGUGCUAGCGUCAGCGACGCUAGCGGAAGACGGUUGAAUUAUUCUUUAGGCACAAUAGACGCCGCCCAAAUUUUAGAAUCCCCUCCUUCUACUUAUGAUGAAUACAAAGAAAGUGAUGUAGUGUUGGACCCAUUCUACCAUGAUGUUCCUAAAGUGAAACAUAGCAGGCGCCGAAAAAGAAGUGCCGAAACGAAAAAGGUGAACCCUUUCGACAUAAUUAAAAAUGAAAAAGAAGCAGUUGACGUUUUAAAGUUCCUAUAUACUUGGUACCAAAGUCACCAAGCUACCGCUACCAUGCCCUCAGUUACCAUUCCAGUUGCUCCCGAUUUAAUACACGAAAUUAACUACAAUUUAUCUCCUACAAAAUCUGAGUCUUUAUCGUCUGAGAGCAGCGAAAUUCAUACCAGCAGUUCCAAAGAGCCCUCCACUACUGAACCGAUUAAAUUGGACGUUAGUGAGUUGUUUAGCAAAAAUAGCAGGUUCAGUAUUGUGGGAGGGUAUAAAAACAUUGGUAGUACUCAACAAAAAGAUGUAUCCAAAAAGGAAACAAAUUUAAAAGAAGAAGAUAUCAAGAAGGGAAUUAAUAUAACAACAGAAAAUCCUACAAGUACCAAUGGAAGCACGUAUUUAUUAGUUCGCAAAAUAGAUAACGCAGAUACAACAUUUAUCAAGGAUUCGAAAGAACCGUCAUUUAAUCCUUAUGACUAUGUUGAUGAUAAUUAUGAAGGUUCAGUUUAUAAAGAACAUAAUAGUACCGUAAAUUCGAACACAGAAAGUGUUUCACAUAGUAAUACAAAUUCAGAAAUCAAAGAAAAAUAUUCCAUUAAACAAGAUAGUUUAUAUAAUACAAAUUCAGGAAAUAAAGAAAUAUAUUCCGAUAAAGAAGUUACUUUACCAAAUGAGAGAAAGAAAGUGCCUUUGAUUUCAGAUAAAAGUAUAUUUGAUCUUCAUACGAUGUCACAGUACUAUAAAUAUUUUGGUGAGGAUACAAUUGAUUUAACGCAUUCCAAAUAUGAUAAUAAUACGGCACUGCAUAUUAAUGACAUUUCCAGUAAUAAUGACACUGAAGCUCUUAGAUACAAUACAUCAACAGAUAUACAAAAUCAGUUACCUACAAAUAAUUUUAAUAAUAUUACUACUCAUAAUAUUACUGAAUAUCCAAGUUCCAGUACAACAGACUUAAAUAAUGAACCAGUUCUAAAUAAAGAAACGAUUUCCUCCACUACCACUGAAGUAACGAGUACAACAGAGACAAAACCCAGCAGAAGACGGGGAAGGAUUCGGCAAAGACCCUACAAUACAGGGGAUAGUGAGAGAGCUUAUAGUAGCAGUACGACACAAUUUUCUGUUUCGAACUCGUCAAGUCGUAGAGGUCGGAAACGUGGCCGAUCAAGGUUUAUAGAUUACAGUAGUACCACUUCAUCGACAACUGCCGUUCCUCUUACUGAAAGUAACACCGAAACAACUAUAUACGAGACAACGUUAACAACAGAAAUACCAACUUUGAAGGUGGAUAACGCUUACGACAGCUUGGGCGAUUCCUCUUUACCAGUAACUAGUCAUACAACUUUUGAAGAGUCAAGUAUUAAAAACAAUAACGUCAUUGAAAAUACACAUAAAAUUUAUAAAUUUGACGCUAAAUCAGAGAGCUUACCAAGUCAUACCAAAACUGAAACGACAUAUACGAGAUACGGGGGUAGUACAGAAACAGAUAUUACAAAUAUACACACUUCAUCGACAACUGCAUUUAGUACUACUACUCAGUUCUUUACCACGACUCACAGACCACGAACUACAACGGAAAAUUUUGUAGCAAAACUUUUUAAAUAUUUUGCUCAAUCUCAAAGGCCCAGAAGGCCGAAAUCUACUACUGAAUAUGCACCAAAGUUGUACAACCCUGUAACGGAGAUCGAGAGUAUCAGUACUACAGAAACUCUACCAAUUACUAAUCCUUCGCCAAUAAGAUAUCAGUCGAAUACAAACAUUUAUAAUACUAGCUCUAGCUCUGCAGUAAAUGCAUCUAAUAUUAACUUACCUACAUUACGUGAUGUAUAUAACCACACAGUCCAAGAUGAUAAAAUUACGAACGAUUUUGAACAUAAGAGUCGUUACAGUUACCAAAACACGGAUGGAUAUUUGAGAAAUAAGAAUAGAGUUGUGGAUACGGUUGAACCAAGUCACAAGAAGGAUGAGGAUGUAAAGACAAAUUUACUUUACAGACUACAAAUUAUAGAGCAAAAUUUAUCCACUAAACCUAUAAAUGUAGAUACAAAUUUAAAUUUAGAUGACACAACAGCCACGACGCCCUAUCUCAGUUAUGAAGCUCCGGAAAGUUUCGGUACUACGGAAUCAAGUGUUACCAAUCCCACGAAAUUUGUGGAUCUACAUGAUCAACAUUUGGAUAAUACAAAGCAAGUAACUCAAUCGUAUCAUCUUUCGACAGAAUCAAGUGCCUCUAUUACACCGGAAAAUAUUUCAAAAUACAACUACAAUUUGGAGAAUGAUGUUUUUGUUGUUCCUGAGUUAACGACACGAAGUUACCAAGGUCGUCAUCCAUGGAAAAGUUCCGAAGAAAGUCUAGAUAGAUAUUAUAGACCUGAGAAUAAAUAUGACUUGAAGUUGUCACGGGAAACUUCUGGAAUAGAUAGCACGACUAAUUUAAUUUCAUAUGGUAGCAGUACAAACGACUAUAUCAGUGUAAAUACAGCUACAUCACCUAAUGUUGAAAUACAAAAAUCAAUAUCAUUACCAGUAUCUAUAUUCGACUCUACUUUUAAUAUCGCUCAUGAUGUUAACAACGCUCAAUCUGAAGAGAAUGACAGUAGUUCUCAUACAACGUUACCAAGUACCCCAAAUACCUUCAUGACAACUGAAAAGCUUGAAGAGUUUAUUGAAGAAGUGGAGGUUACUACUAAAAGCGUAGUUGCCAAAGAAGAUCAUGAAAAAUACACUUCAACAGAAAGUUAUGGGAAAACUAUUACAGAAACUGUUCCUACAACUUUCCUAACUACUGAACACACAGAUCCAAACAAAACAGUGACUGAAGAAAGCACUGUUCGAACUUAUGGAGUAUCAGAAGUGGGACAUAACACUACUGAAAUUCUAUUUAUAAAGAAUAGUGAUUUUGAGAGACCUGAUACGACUUCAACCACGAAUCUACCGAUAACUGUUGACAUGGAGGCACCAAUCAAAGUUAAUUCUAGUCACUUGCUUCAAGUCAUGAUUGAAACAACAUCGCCUCAUCCAGAAGAAGUACCUUUAACGACUACUUUUGUUCCAAACACUAGACGUACCAGGCCACCCAGAAGAAAACCCACUGGUAGUCAAAGAAAUUACCUCGGUAGACAUAGAUUUAGUACAGACCUAUCUACACAAAAUCCUUAUUUAAAAACUGAAGAAACGAACACCAGUCGGUCAGUGAAUCUGACAGAAAACACAACUGAUGCGCCUCUGUAUCGAAGUGCCAAUCCAACGAGAUCUGAAUUAAAAAAGAUUUCCUUGCAAACUACUCCAAUAUCCUCUAAAAGCGUUCAUCGUAGACCAACUAAAGUUAAUAGAAAUUAUGUAUUUAACUGUUUCGGUAAAGAUAUGAAUAGAUUCUACGCUGAUCCUAGAGACUGUAGACUGUUCCAUUAUUGUACAAAAGGCUACAGCAAAAAUCAGCUAUUAGACCUGAAAUAUGUAUGCGACAGAAAGACGUACUUUGACGAGGACAAAUUAAUUUGUACUAAAAUAAAACCAGAAAGAUGUAUUUAAUAAAAUGUAUAUGUAUUUAUUAAAUUAAUGAUUAAAAGAGUUUAUCUUAGUGCAUGUGAAACUGAAUUGUAUUUUAAUUUGGAUGAUGUGUAAAUUGUUUGACUGAUUUUUCUUCUAAAAUUAUUAUUUCGUUUCUAAUUGUAUAACGGUACUGCCAGUACAAUAGGACCUUUUCAAGUUUCAAUAAUUUCUUCAGAAUAUUGUAAAAUAUUUUUAGAAAUAUUGUAAUUUGUGUAAACGAAUUCUCUUAAAGAGGAGAAACAAAAUUAUAUAAAUUAAGCAAGUAAAUAUGCUUAAUAAAACACUUUAUUUCCAUUUCUAGAUCUAUCUUUAGUAUUUAUAACAAAUGUUUAUUUUUAUUGCAAUUAUUGCAAACGACUUUGUAUAGCAUAUAAACUUAUUAAAUUUGUAAAAACGCUUUUUGUAUUACUACUUUU